UAUUCCAGUGUCAAACCGGUGCAGGAUUACUCUGAUAGUUUCCCCUGUAGGCUGUUCACUCCUGCAUGUGCUUUAAUGGCACUGUUUACAGACCUGCUGUUUCGUCUGCUUACUUAGUUAACUUUUGCUUUUUCAGUCGUUUGCUUUCUAACUCGAGUCUAAUCGGCACUAUUCGGUUUCACAUCGGGUGAUUAAUCAGCACAGAUCUUUCUGUAGAGACGCUUAUUGAGAAGCAGUGGUGGAGCUCCGGAUCUCUCCUGAUGGAUUUACACGCUGUGUGCUGCUCUCUGCUUCUGCUGUCAUGUACAGGAGUAUGUUUUGGCCAAGAGCUGUUAUUACCUGAGAGAAUAAAUAAAGCAGUUGGGGAGAAUGUGGUGAUUACUCCAAUCCAUAUUCCUGAUCCCCCACAUGCCUUCAUCAUAUGGAGGUGUAAUGAGACUUUCAUUGUUAUUGGAUCUGCAGUUGGAAUUAUAAUACAGCCACCGUACACUCACAGAGUCAUUCUGGACCCCACCACUUUAGCUCUGGAGCUCAGGAGCCUGACUGAGAGUGAUACUGGACGAUAUUCUCUGAUUGUAGCCACUCUUACAACUCCAUUCAAAGGUGAAACCUCACUGCAGGUGUUUGGGCCACCCUCCAAUGUUAUCGUAGUACCAAGUAAAACAGAGCUGGUUGAAUUCAGAAGCACUGUGAGUCUCGUCUGCUCUGCAUCUGGCUCCUCUCUUUCAUUUAUUUGGCUGAAUGGCAGCUCUGAGGUAAGAGCAGGGGAGCGAGUUCAGCUAACAGACAACAAUAGCAGUCUGACCAUUACUAGUGUGAUCAGAUAUGACACAGGCCCAUACCAAUGUGAAGCAUCCAACAUCAUCAGCAAAGCAAUGAGUCCUCCAUUGAAGCUCACCAUUUACUAUGUUCCAGAAAAUGUUGCUGUUGAAGCAGAUCCAGUGAGACCCUUCUACAGCUCUGGGUCUAACCUCACACUGACCUGCUCAGCUGAGUCCAACCCUGCUGCUGAGUUUCAGUGGGCUGUGAAUGGAACAGAGCUUGGUGAAAUGGGUCAAGAGCUCAGACUGAGCAACAUUCAGAGCAGUCAGAGUGGCAAUUACACCUGCAUGGCCCAUAACAAUCAGAGCCUGAACUACUCCAAGUCUGAACCCAUCAGCGUCACUGUACUAGAAAUAAUAUCUGGAGCAGUACUUACUGGACCGACAGUUGAUCUAAUAGAAGAUGUUUCCUCUGCUACAUUAAACUGUAAUGUGAGUGGAACCAUAUACAGUGCUGAAUGGAGGAAAGAUAAUCAGAAACUGUCAGCUAGAGGCAACAUCAUAUUCUCGAAUGAUAACAGAUCAGUGAUGAUCAGUCCGGUGAGGAGAAGAGACAGUGGUGAAUAUAAGUGUACAUUCAGCAACCCCAUCAGCUCUGACACUGCAACAUACAGAAUGACUGUUAAUUUUGGACCAGAUAAUGUGAAAAUUGAUGGACCAUUUGCAGUGGAGGAAGGAAAUAAAUUGACACUGUCUUGCCGUACUGAAUCUACACCAAAUGCCUCGUACAAAUGGAUGUUUAAUGGGACUGUACCUGAAGUGAAUACAGCUGUAUUUACUGUGGAGCAGGUCACAUUUAUGCACACUGGAAAUUACACCUGCAUGGCCUCCAAUCCUGUAACCGGACGUAAUGCCUCUGCAUCCCAUGUUUUGGAAGUAAAAGAAAAAGGCUCUAUGGGUGGAGGUAGAGAUUCACUGUCUGCACAAGCUAUAACUGGGAUUGGUUCUGGAGUUUUAUUGGGUGUUGCUGGAAUUGCUGGUUUGAUUUUCUACUUUAUUAAAUGCAUAGAAAGGUCACUCCGCCCCAUUUCAACGUGCUGACGUGCUGCACCAGGAUUGGAGAGGAGAAGAUUGGGCAUCGUUUAAAAAGGCGGAAGAACGAUAUGUUGAAAGGAGUUCGGAUUAGUGGUUUAUCUGUGAUUGUGGGCAUGCUAUUGAGUAGCGAAUAUUUUCCGGUGUUUGAGUGAAAUCACUUGCUUGUUGUAUCGUGUGUGAGUGAAAGAAGUGAGUGGUAGAAUUGUGUUCUCCCAUUCCCCAGUUUUGUUUUGUGUGUGGCUCUAUUGUAAAUAUCUUCCAUUGUAAAUAUUUAUUUUCUAAUAAUCAUGAAAGUGGUAGGGACUGGGUGCCAUUUAUUUUUGGGUGUAUCUUAUGUUUGCUGUUUUUGCUUCUGUUAGGGAGUCAGGUUAGACUGUGUAUUUUCUUUUGAACUACCUUUUUUUUGUUAGGUAAUUUAAAUUGAUACGGGACAAGGUAGUGACUGUUCUGUUUAUUAUUUUGGCCUUGCCCAGCCCUGAAGACAUUUGCUUUCUUUGUGAUUGUUUGUUUUGGAUUGUU